CUCAAUCGUGCAAUCCGGCCGCUGGCCGCAUGCCGCGACCCGAAGUGAUAAGCCACCGCCCACCGCCGCUGGCAUGAGCCCGAUGGCGCUGCUCACACCACUGCCCAUUCCCCUUCUCUCGCCGUAUUGCCAACGCGUCUCGUCUCCGUCGCUUCUGGCGGCCGGGGCAGUUAUCAGACCUCUCAUUUGUCUUUCCCCCCACAAUCACCGCCACCACGAUGCACUCUACCCCUCUGUCCCCAAUGUGUGGCCACGCCACCGGCGCCGCCGCAGGGGCGCAGUUGCUUCCGUCGACCAGGAGGAGUCUAGUGCCUCGGAAACCGCAGUCGCUCCCGAGGAAGACCUGGGGCCACCGGUAUCCUCUGAUGCGGCUGCCGAGGACGGGGUCGCGACUUCUGCCCAGCCGGCGGAGGCGAGCCCGGAGGACCUGGAGAACAUCCGCGAAAUUAAAAGGGUACUGGAGCUGCUGAAGAAGAACAGAGACAUGACCUUUGGCGAGGUUAAGCUUACCAUCAUGAUUGAGGACCCUAGAGAUAUAGAAAGAAAGAGAACACUCGGGAUAGAGGAUCCUGAUGAAAUUACUAGGGAUGAUUUAGCUGACGCUUUGGCUGAGGUUAACGAAGGAAAGAUUCCAGAGAAUCGUGUUGCACUUCAGUUGCUUGCCAAGGAGAUGGCAGAAUGGCCAGACAUUGAGAUAGAAGCUCCAAAAAAGAAGAGCAAACCUGGGAAAUCUGUCUAUGCAAAAGCCACAGAUACUGGCAUCGAUCCUGAGACAGCUGCUAAAAGACUUAACCUUGACUGGGACUCUGCUGCUGAUAUAGAUGGCGAAGAGGAGGACGAUGAUGAAACUGAAGUGCCGUCUGCAGUGGGAUAUGGUGCCUUGUAUUUGUUGACAGCUUUUCCGGUUAUUAUUGGGAUCUCAGUCGUCCUAAUUCUUUUCUACAAUUCUCUGCAGUAGCUCCUCCCCUUCUUGAGUGAGAAUGUGAGAUGUUGCUGCAUUCUUGUAAAUCUGAGUUACAAGGCUAGUUAAUCAGUAACAUUUUUUACGCCAGUGUUGCAAAGAUAUGACAACUUGUAUAGAUGUCAAAUUCCAAAUUUUGGAAUGUAAGAUAGUUUUUUUUAAAAAAA